GCGACGGUCGUUGGCGAUUUGGAGGUUUUGAUUAUUUAUUCCAUAAGCUUAAGCUACCUACUAGAUAGGGACAUAUCGUCUUCUUUCAUCAGCAAACAUCUCACAAAAAUCUUACCCUAGGAUCCAACAAUCUAACUAACCAACAUAACCAAUUCAUACCAAAUGGGGCUAUCCAAGGAAGAAGAGGCCAAAGGCGAGGCCCUACCCGCCUACUCGGAAUUCGCCAGCCCCGGGACCUCUAUCCCGAGCCAACCAGAAGCCUCCACUUCCACUCCCGCUUCCGCUUCCGCUUCCGCAUCUACAUCCGCACCCGCACCCGUCCACGGCCCAACCCUCGCCUCCCCCUUCAACUUCCCCUCCGACUCCGACCUCCCCGCCUACACCACCACAUCCUCAACCCCCACCAUCCUCAAACCCCUCGCCAUCCCGCAAAUCCUCCCCGACCCCAAAGCCCCCUUCCUAGAAGCCUACACCCCGCUCCUCCUGCGCCACGGCGUAACCCGCGAAACCUGGUCCGCCUUCCUACACACCUUAUCCGGGUUCCUCGCCUCCACGGUCUCCGACCAAGCCGUCAGCCACGCGGCGCGCGUCGCGCGACACGUAGGCCAGGUGCCCAAAAGAUUCGGCAAGGAGACCCUCGCGCACGCGAAGAACACGGGCCGCGCGAUCGCGGACACGGCGCGCAAGGGCAAUUACGUCGGCGCCGCCGCGCAGACCGUGCUCGUGGGCGGCGUGUGGCUGCCCGUUGCGACGGCCGUCCGCGCUAUCGGCGCUGCGGUGCAGCUGCCGUUUGCGGCUGUGGGCGCGGCGGCGGAGAACCCGCGGACGCCGCGCGAGAGGGCGGAUGCGUAUGUGCGCGCUGCGAAUAGGGAGUGGUUGAGCCGGCGCGGGCUUGAGGCGAGGCUGUUGGAGACGCCGGAGCUGGCGAUGGAGCUCGGGUUAGGAGGAGGGGUGGAGGAGUUGCUGGGGUUGGUGAGGGAGGCUAAGGAUAAUAGUGCGAAGGCGAGGUUGGAGGCGCUGGGCGCGCGGGUGGCGGAGCUGGAGGUCAGAGAGCCGGCGGACUUGGAGUUGGGUGCUGGGACGUUCUGGUUGGUUGUUACACAGAUGUCGGGGGAUGGGGAGAGCGAUCGGGAUAGUGAGAGGGGGAAAGGGAAGGGGAAGGGGAAGGGAAGUGAGUGGUAAGGGUAUGCAUAGGUAGCCUGGAAGAUUUACGGGUGGAAUUUUGGGGAAAAAGGCAAUAGAGGUACCGGUGGAUCUAUGGCACACGUUUGGAAUUUACAGGAAGGGUAUUCAGGUUGAGAUGGCGCUUUGGAGCAAGGAUGAUCAAUUUAUACACGGAGCACUUAUUAGGAUACCUGUGGCUUUGCGUAUUUGCCACUUGUUGAGAUGGGAUAUGGCUAGGUAGUUGCAGGGUUAUAAUACCCUUUUUCUACCAUCAAUUUCCCGAGCUGUAUAAACGGCCAAUUCGGAAGUGGAAAGUAGCUCUUUUAGUUCUGUGUAAAGGGUAUUUUCUUCCUUGUUGUUGAAAGAACCCAGGAGUUAAUAGCCAGAGUUGCCUGCUUCUUCGUAGUGAGUCUCUUGUAUCUACCCCUGACUAGAGAUGACUAAUAGCUAGCACUUCCCCUACCACUCGUAUGUAUGAUAUCAACUUUAUUCUCAAUAUCAUUCCGAAUCAUGCAGAUGGAAUAAAUUUUCGAGACUUAAGUUCAUCGCUCCCUAGAAUAUCACCUCAAGCUCAAUUCGAACUCAGAAAUGGUAGAAACAGUAUAAAUUUAGCAACUCUAUCCACACCCUAAUACUCCUAGUGUA